AUGAAACACGGCACCACCAAACGAAGCUACACCUUCAAUUUCAUCUAUCCGGGCGCAAACGGCCUGGCCCAGGCCUUGGAACCCAUGCUGGAGCAGACCCCGGCCCCGACGCCGCCGAAUUCGGCGCGUUUAACAUCUUCUACCUCACCGGCAACAGAGGCGCCAAGCCCAUCGCCAACCCUGGCGACGCCACGAAUCCCGACUCCUACUCCAGUGGACCCACAGACACCCGGGCCGACAACGGCUCUCACCGUAACGCCGCAACCAGCUCCCACGCGCCCUCCAGUGGACCCCGAGACACCCGGGCCGACAACCGCUCUCACGGUAACGCCGCAACCAGCUCCCACGCGCCCUCAAGCGGACCCCGAGACACUCGCGCCGACCCCCGCUGCUCACGGUAACGCCGCUACCACCAACGCCCACGCGUCCUCCAGUGGACCCCGAGACACCCGGGCCGAAAACCGCUUUCAUGGUAACGCCGCAACCAGCUCCCACGCGCCCUCCAGCGGACCCACAGACGCCCGGGCCGACAGACGCUCUCACGGUAACGCUGCCACCAUCCUUUCGCCCGCAAACGCCGCCACCAACGCCCACGCGUCCUCCAGUGAAUCCACAGUGGACCCCGAGACACCCGGGCCGACAACCGCUUUCAUGGUAACGCCGCAACCAGCUCCCACGCGCCCUCCAGUGGACCCACAGACACUCGCGCCGACCCCCGCUCUCACGGUAACGCCGCUACCACCAACGCCCACGCGUCCUCCAGUGGACCCCGAGACACCCGGGCCGACAACCGCUUUCAUGGUAACGCCGCAACCAGCUCCCACGCGCCCUCCAGCGGACUCACAGACACCCGGGCCGAAAACCGCUUUCAUGGUAACGCCGCAACCAGCUCCCACGCGCCCUCCAGCGGACCCACAGACACUCGCGCCGACCCCCGCUCUCACGGUAACGCCGCUACCACCAACGCCCACGCGUCCUCCAGUGGACCCCGAGACACCCGGGCCGACAACCGCUUUCAUGGUAACGCCGCAACCAGCUCCCACGCGCCCUCCAGCGGACUCACAGACACCCGGGCCGAAAACCGCUUUCAUGGUAACGCCGCAACCAGCUCCCACGCGCCCUCCAGCGGACCCACAGACGCCCGGGCCGACAGACGCUCUCACGGUAACGCUGCCACCAUCCUUUCGCCCGCAAACGCCGCCACCAACGCCCACGCGUCCUCCAGUGAAUCCACAGACACUCGCGCCGACCCCCACUCUCCUGGUAUCGCUACCACCAACGCCCACGCGUCCUCCAGUGGACCCCGAGACACCCAGGCCGACAACCACUCUCACGGUAACGUCGCCACCAGCUCCCACGCGCCCUCCAGUGGACCCAGAGCAACCAGUGGCACCCGGGAAAGCCGCUGCUCCGGUUCUGGCGCCAACCGCUCCGGAGCAACCAGUGGCACCCCGGAUACCCGCUGCUCCGGUUCUGGCGCCAACCGCUCCGGAGCAACCAGUGGCACCCGGGAUACCCGCCGCUCCGGUUCUGGCGCCAGCCGCUCUGGAGCAACCAGUGGCACCCGGGACACCCGCUGCUCCGGUUCUGGCGCCAACCGCUCCGGAGCAACCAGUGGCACCCGGGAUACCCGCUGCUCCAGUUCUGGCGCCAACCGCUCCGGAGCAACCAGUGGCACCCGGGAUACCCGCUGCUCCGGUUCUGGCGCCAACCUCUUCGGAGCAACCAGUGGCACCCGGGAUACCCGCGGCUCCGGUUCUGGCGCCAACCUCUUCGGAGCAACCAGUGGCACCCGGGAUACCGGCUGCUCCGGUUCUGGCGCCAAGCACUUCGGAGCAACCAGUGGCACCCGGGAUACCCGCUGCUCCGGUUCUGGCGCCAACCGCUUCGGAGCAACCAGUGGCACCCGGGAUACCCGCUGCUCCGGUUCUGGCGCCAAGCACUUCGGAGCAACCAGUGGCACCCGGGAUACCCGCUGCUCCGGUUCUGGCGCCAACCUCUUCGGAGCAACCAGUGGCACCCGGGAUACCCGCGGCUCCGGUUCUGGCGCCAAGCACUUCGGAGCAACCAGUGGCACCCGGGAUACCCGCUGCUCCGGUUCUGGAGCCAACCGCUUCGGAGCACUUCGGAGGGCUACUGUAG